CACUAACAAGCUGCCUUGAGAAACCGGAAACGGUAAGAAUUUCAGUAGGAAGAGGUAUAGAAGUGUCCUUGUUGAGAACUUGAAUCAUGUUUAGACAAAUCAGGACUCUGAGGCAGGUGGCCAGUCGGCCAUUCUCAAAUACUGCGCGCAGGCAGAUCAACAACAAAAUUGCUACCAAGCAGAAAAUGUUUCAGGAGGACAAUGGUUUGCCUGUUCAUUUAAAAGGAGGCUCCAAAGAUGCUCUCUUGUACACGGCAACAAUGGCCCUCACAGUCUUUGGAAGUGGAUUUGUCUUAUAUGAGUUGUUUCAAGCAGCAAUGCCCAAAAAGAAAGAAUAAAGAAGCUCUCUAUCCCAUGCAUUUCAUUACUGCUAUCCAGAUGUGACGAGUUCGUUAUUCUAUAUGUAAUAUGUAAUAAAUCUCCUUAUUAAUUAUA